AUGGGAAAGCCUCGCUGCCUGAUCAUCGGGGGCCAGUUCUCCGGGAACUUCUGCGCGCGGGAGCUGAAGACGCAGUUCUUCUGCACCGUGGUGGACGCCAAGGAGUACUUCGAGUACACCCCGGGGGUGCUCCGCGCCUUCGUGAAGCCGGCGCACCUGGACUCGCUGACCUUCACGCUGCAGCCGGUCUACGAGCGGAAGAUGGGGGUGAAGUUCAUCUGGGGCGAGGUGAAGGAGCUGGACGGCGACAAGAAGACGGCCUGCAUCAAGACGAUGUUCAGCAACAACCUGGACAGCAUCGGCUUUGACUACUGCAUCAUCUGCGCGGGAUGCAACUUUGGGCCCUUCAAGCCGAUGGGCGAGUCCCUGUGGUUCCCCACGGUGCACGAGGAGGCGCGGGCGGUGAGCGACUGGAAGCACAUCGACGAGCGCUUCUUGGAGGGCCGCCGGCGCCACGUGCUGGAGGAGUAUCAGAAGCUCCACGAGCUGAACAAGAAGAAGUCCACCGUGCUGGUGGUGGGCGCGGGCUUCAUCGGCGUGGAGUGGGCCACCGAGCUGGAGCACUUCUUCCCGGACUUGAAGAUGACCAUCAUCGACUUCCUGCCGCGCUGCCUGGGCCCCCUGCCCGACGGCGCCGCUGAGUACUGCUCGGAGUACAUGAGCGCCACAGGCAUCAAGGAGUUCUACAACUGCAAGUACGACCCCAAGAACCCGGAGUUCUGGAAGCAGAUCGAGCUGCCCAACGGCGCGGACGAGACUUACGUCUGCAUCGGGGUCAAGGCAUCGAACUACUUCAUGCCCAAGUGCACUUUGUCGGACAAGGGCCCCGGCGGCGGUGGCUGGAUCCACUUCAACAAGUACCUCCAGGUCACCAAGAAGCCGUCAGAGGGCGGGGGCGUGUGGGCGGACGGCUCCAUCUUCGCGGUGGGGGACUGCAACUACGGCUGCAUCGGGGAGCCGGGCAACUGGGAGAUGCCGCCGGUGCCCAAGAUCUCCUACCCCGGGGAGGAGCAGGCCUACCACGCCUGCCUGAACGUGAUCAAGCUCAGCAAGAACAACCAGAACCUCACCAAGACCUGGUGGCCCUGGGGCGCGGGGAUGUUCGCCACCAGCCUGGGCCCCCACGACGCCUGCUUCGUGGCCGGCGCCAAUGAGAACAAGAACUCCGGGUACAUGGUGAAUUGGUGGAUCCCUGCGGCCCUCCAGAAGGAGAUCAUCGAGACCAGCAAGAUCGAUGAGUGCCGAGAUCGCUGGGUGGGCAUCCUGAUCUGGCGCCUCGACGUAUUUUAUAUAUAUAUAUAG